AUGUCGCGCGCCAGCGCCUCGGCCACGCGGCAGACGGCGCCACGUAGCGCGUGUGUUCGCCGCUGGGCACCAUCGCACCGCCCCCCAUCCCCCCUGCUCCUCCUCAUCGCUGCUGCUCUCGCGGCAGCCUUCUACUCGCGAGUGGGGGCGCUGUCCGCGGUCGUGGCACCGGGCGCGAACAUCAUCUGCGGCAAGAUUCCGGGACUGUCGCCACGGCAGCGGGCGCUGUGCCGGAGCCGUCCGGACGCGAUGGUCGUGGUCGGUGAGGGCGCGCGGCUGGGAAUCGGCGAGUGCCGGCACCAGUUCCGAUUCAGCCGCUGGAAUUGCUUGGCGCUGGGUGAGGAGACGGUGUUCGGCCAGGAGCUCAAAGGCGGUAGCCGAGAAGCGGCCUUCCAGCACGCGGUGAUCUCGGCCGCCGUGGCGUACGCCAUCACGGCGGCGUGCGGCCGGGGCGACCGGAGCGAGUGCGGCUGCGACGGCGCCAAGCGGGGCGGCUUCUACGACGCGCAGGGGGGCUGGCGCUGGGGCGGCUGCUCGGCCGACCUCAGCCACGGCCUCGAGUUCUCGCGCCUCUUCGUGGACGCGCGCGAGGUCCAGCGGAACACGCGCACGCUCGUGCUGGAGGAGAACAUGAAGCCGGUGUGCAAGUGCCACGGAGUGUCGGGCUCGUGCACCACCAGGACGUGCUGGGCCACGCUGCCCCAGUUCCGCGAGGUGGGCUCCGCGCUCAAGCGCAAGUACGACGAGGCGGUCCACGUGGAGCCGGACUGGCUGACGGGCAGCGUGGGCACGCGCGGCCGCCCGUGCGACCGCAAGUCGCCGCACGCCGACGGCUGCGAGCUGCUGUGCUGCGGCCGCGGCUACGACACGCGCCAGUACACGCGCUCGUGGCAUUGCGAGUGCAAAUUCCGCUGGUGCUGCUACGUGCGCUGCAGCGCGUGCAGCGAGGGGGCGGAGGAGUACACGUGCAAGUGA